AUGACUAGAGAUGCUCGUCUCAAUGAGUGGAGAAAGUUGCACAAAAUGGGCAGGUUAAUGUUCUGGGUGGAUUAUGAACGUCCAGCACUUAUCGAGCGUGCUCUUAUGGACGGUACAACCCGGGAAGAAGUCAUCAACUCCAACCUUGGAGAGCCAUAUGGCUUGACCAUUGACUACACUGCAAACAGAAUUUACUGGACAGAUAAUCAACUUGAUAGGGUCGAGUCUGCCUCAUUAACAGGAAGUGAUCGUCAGCAGUUAGAGGUGGCAAGUAUCGCCAGUCCAUUUGGUAUUGCUGUGGACAGUUGUGAGUGGACUUACAUAUCAGAAAUCAUAAUAUAAUUUCUAUAUGAAAAUAUUGUACAAAUGGUUAUCCUCAUAUACCAAGGCAUUUACUGUAUUCUCUUCUCAAGUCAUGUAAUGAUCCAUGUACUACAAGAAA